AUGGCUGUGUGGAACGCAGAACAGGUCGCGAAUCUAUUGAUGUGUGAGUCUUCCGAUGAUGGUGGGAACGAAUCAUCCGUUGUUGACUCAGAAGACAGUGAGUUUCGUAUUUCAAGCAGUGGUGGAGAGGAUCCUACAGUUUCUUUGGAAACAGAAAGUACCGACAGUGAAAACAGAACGUACGUAACACGUGGUCGAUCGAGGGCUAGAGGUCGGCGCGUGAGAACACGUGGUGGUGGAGUUAGGACCCGGGGCGGAAGCCGUGGAGUGUGUGUAACACCCAACCGAUCGAGAUCUGUAAGUCCUCAACCCAGACGAACCAGGGCAAUUCAUGUUCCACACCAUGACUGGACCGAGGUGGCGCAAGACCCUCCAGAUUUCCCAUUUACCCAGACACCGGGGCUAAUCAACCCUGUACCAAAUGGGUCACCUGCAGAAUUGUUUGAAUUAUUUGUAACUCCAGAACUUAUUGAUACGAUGGUGACAGAAACAAACCGGUAUGCUGCAGCAGAAAUAAAUAAACAGCGCCCACUACGCAGGCAUUCCCGUUUGAAUGACUGGCGUGACACUAAUGCAGUGGAAAUGAAAAAGUUUCUGGCACUCUUACUUCACAUGGGCCCCGUCUCGCUGCCCACGAUAGAGCAUUACUGGAGUACAAACAAUUUAUACAAAAACACUCUGUUUGGCAGUAUCAUGAGCCGCAACAGAUUCCAACUUCUGCUUCGCUUUUGGCAUUUUACAGAUAAUGCGAACGCAGAUGCCACAGAUCGUUUGUAUAAAUUGAGACCUGUAUUAGAACAUUUCAACCAUACUAUGGACAGGAUAUAUUAUCCAAGGAAAGAACUCAGCAUUGAUGAAUCAAUGGUAUUGUGGCGAGGGAGGCUGGUUUUCAGGCAGUAUAUAAAAAACAAACGUCACAAGUAUGGUAUAAAACUGUAUGAGUUGUGUGAAUCACGAGGGCUAGUUCUGAGGAUUCGUGUUUACACGGGCACAGCUAUCGAUGACGACAUGAACAUGGGACAGUCAGGUGCUAUUGUCAUGAAACUGUUGGACGGAUUUCUGGAUAAAGUACAUGUUGUUUUCACAGACAACUAUUAUAAUUCUGUGGGACUUGUAAAAAGGCUAUCUAACCGAUCUACUUACAUUUGUGGCACACUUCGCUUUGAUCGUAAGGAGAAUCCAAAGGAAGUUGCAAGUAAAAAGCUGAAAAAAGGUGAACAUGCUUGGAAACGUUCUGAAAGCGUUGUAGUAUGCAAGUGGAAAGAUAAGCGUGAUGUGUUGACAAUAAGUAACAUGCACAGGGUCGAAAUGAUCAAUGUAGUAAAUCGCCGAGAGCAGAUGUCUAUCAAACCAAAUAUAGUGCAAGAUUACAAUGACGGUAUGUCGGGUGUUGACACAUCGGAUCAAAUGCUAUCGUACUAUUCUGGCCUUAGGAAGACACUCCGAUGGUACAAGAAAAUGGGACUUCAUAUUCUCGAGGUUUGCGUAAUAAAUGCUCACAUCCUGCACUCUGAUAACAAUCCUGCAAACGCAAUGAAACUCCUGGAAUUCAGGGAAGCUGUGACAACCCAUCUCCUCGGUGACUCGUUGAAUGUGAUUCCCGCGGCAGGACCUAGCCCAACAUCCCAAUCAUCGUUCCAUUACUUGGAGCACUUGCCCGCCACAGAGAAGAAGGAACGCCCCACGAAGAGGUGCAGAAUUUGUAGCAUGCAAGGCUUGCGAAGAGAAACUCGGUACAUUUGUGCUGAGUGUCCUGACAAACCGGCACUUUGUGUAGAACCGUGCUUUAGGCAACAUCAUGUAAAUUAG